AUGCGGCGACACAAGAUACGUCACCGAGUCAGAGUCUGCAGGCUGAUACCUGUGGACCUUCAGAACCGCCGCAUUAAUACUGAGGGGAUUAAAGAUGGAGGAGAGGCUGCUCCUCCACAAGUGGAAAAGAUGAAUUUCAAACACGUAGCCUCCACCCUCCUCCUCCUCCUCUUUCUUCAGCUCAAGCUUAAAGAAAUAUCAAACGCACAAAAAGAAGUAUUAACAAGGCAAAAAGUUCUUGAUCCUUUUUAUAAGAUGAGAAAAGCAAAAAGCAAAGCAGCCGAGCCGAUUUCCAUUCCAACAUGA